GAAUGAAAUAAAAAGUCGCUUUCCAACUGUACGUGUCCUCAAAGCUCUGGAAUUACACCCUGUCUCUGGACUGCGAUAUACAACAUCUGGGCAGAGAAACCUCCCCCUGGCCGCACCGUACAAUAGUCCCAGAGCCAGACGGUGUUCCAGACGCACACCAGCCGCGCUCCAAAAUGCACCCCACGCUCCUGCACCGCUCUCUGCCCUUCCUGCUGCCCCUGCUGCUGCUGCUGGCCGCCCUGACCUGUGCCCAGCCCAACGACCUCUACGACGAGCCCUGGAUCAACCAGUACCGCCAGGGCUUCAACUUCCAGUGCCCCCACGGCGAGGCGCUGGUGGCCAUCCGCAGCUACUUCAGCGAGAAGGACGGCUCGGACCGGCUGUGGAGCUUCGAGUGCCAGCCGACACCAUACAGCCUUGGCGAGCCAACCGACUGCUGGUGGGACGACAUCAACCGCGGCGGGAUGGAGUGGUCGGCCACGUGCUCCAAUAAUGGUCUGGUGGCAGGGGUGCAGAGUCAGUACUUUAGCGCGGUUCUGGACCGCGAGUGGCAGUUUUGGUGCUGCCGCUACAGCCGGCGAUGCCCCUACUCCUGCUGGAAGACCCAGGAGAAUCCAGAGUACUAUCAGGAAGAAUCCGACUUUGUCGUCCCCAGCUACGGCUACUUCAUCCGAGGGGCUCAGACCACCUUCAGCGGGGUGCUCAGGGAUCGGCAGUGGAAGUACAUCCUGUGCAGGAUGACAGAGCAUGACUGUAACUUUGAGAAUUUUUAACUCACAGAAAAGGUUGUGAGCUUUUAACUCACAUAUAUGGUGCUUGCACACAUUUUUAUACAUUUUCACAUUUGAAUCACUAUUAUUCUUGUAAAUGGAAAGUAUCUGUAAAAACUAACUCUGUUAUAUUGUUUGACUGAUACUGUGUAAUGUUGUCGCGUUCUAGUGUGUCUCAUGUCUUUAUUAUCUUAAUCAAUCUUUGUCAUUUCCGUAUAGAUACAAAGCUCCUACACUCACAAUUUCAUAAUACAUAAUAUCAUGUCAGCGUAAAACACUUAUUGUAAUACAACUAAUAAAAUAAUACUGACCUGUAAAAAUCUGUAACUUCCUACUCUAUAUUUCUUUCCUCCCUACCAUACUUUUGCAAAUAUCAUAUUCAAAAUGUUUUAUUGUGUUAAACGAGUAGAAAAUCUUAUACCUUGUUAGCAUAUUUUAGGUAGUACUAGUCGCAGGUAAAUAUGUUUGUUCAUAUGUUAUAUAAUAUAUAUAUAUCAGCAUAAGCAUUUAAUGUCCUUAAAUGUCAUUUUUUAUUGUAAGCCACAGGCUGAAGGCUGAAUGAAUAAAGUUAAAGUUUAAAUGCU